AUGAAUCCAGAAAAUAAGAAAAUCUUGAUUGAUAAAUUAAAAAGAGAAAAAGAAGCAGCAUUUGAAAAAAAUCAGGCUGAGAAGAUUGAAAAAAAGCAUAACCAAGCUAAACAAAGAAAAAAAAGACAAUGUGAAAAUAAUUCUCCCAAAGAAGACGUACUUAUAUCGUUCAAGGAUUUAACAAAACAAGGACGUAGACAUGACUCAUCGGUCAAUACGAGUGGGCUAAAAAUUAUUUCUCUCAUGAAUCAAGUACCAUCUGAUUCAAAUAAUUAUAAAACACAAAGUGAAACUAUCUGUAAACCUCAAAUUGACGGCGUGACAACAAAAAACCCAGUUGCGUCUACCUCUAGGUCAAACCUCAACCAAACAUCUAAAGUAAACGAAACCAAAAAGAAGUGCAAAAAAUCAAGUGGUUUAACAUCUAGCGAAAGAUCUAGAAAAUGUAGACAGAAUAUGUCUGAGGAAAAAAAAUCCCUGCUAAGAGAAAGAGAUAAAGAAAGAAAACGAAAGUUACUUGCAGAAGGAAAAAUUUUAAAAAUUAAAGAUCUACCAAAAAAGAAACAAGUUGCACAAAGAGAUUUCUGGAAAAAAACUAAAAGAAAUUAUCGAGCAAGGAUAAAAACUCUGAAGGCAAUUGUAUCAGAAACUCCUCCUGAAUCAGAAAGUGAAGAUGUAUUAGGUCUGGUAAAUAUCGAACAUAACUUACCCAACGACCGAGCAGACGUCGAGGAAAUUGUAAAAACAGAUAACAGAGAAAAUCCAAAUAUUAUCGAUGAUCGCGAAAUACCAUCAAAAAACAUAUUAAGAAAAAGUUCAUCUGCAAAGAAACGCUCAAACCGAAAUCUUAAAAAAUUGUACCGAGAAAUACAGACACUGAAGACACGCGUACAUUGCCAAAAAAAAGAAAUUAAACAUAUACAAAAGGAGAAAGAGAAGUAUAAAAAACGUUGGCUACGAGAAAAGGAGAAAGUAAAACCCAAGGAAAUGCCAAAUCGUUCAGAUAGUUUAGACAAUAGUACAAUAUUGAACUCAGAUUUAUCCCCAAACACAAAAGUCGAACGUAUGUUAAAAGGUAGACACGUACCAAAAGAUGUUAAAAGAGAGUUGGUAUUCGGUGAAGCAUUUAGAAAGCAAAUCCAAAUCAAUUUUCAAUCUAAUGAACUUAAUUUAAUGAUGCACCAACUAAAUUAUUUGCGCAAUUGCAUUGAGAACCUUCAAGAAAAUGAAGUUGUCAUGCAAAUAGACUUUUCAGAAAAUUACGUCUCGAAAUUAAGCAGCGAAAUACAGUCCAUGCACUUUGGUGCGAACAAAAAACAAAUAUCCAUCCACACUGGAGUAGCCUAUAUAAUCAAUAACGGAAAUACUGAAACUUUUUCAUUUGCUACUCUAUCUGACAACCUUGAUCACCAGGCCCACGCCAUUUGGCGUCACAUGACACCAGUACUAAGACAUCUAAAAACAAAACUAUCUAAAAAUAUUAUGCACGUAAAAAUAUUCUCUGACGGACCGACAUCGCAGUACAGAAAUCGAUUUAAUAUGUAUCUGGCAGCAAAAAAUUUAAACACGUUUUUCCUCGAUGCAAAGAUUGAAUGGAAUUUUAGUGCCCCAGGACAUGGAAAAGGUCCGAUGGACGGUAUAGGUGGAACUAUCAAGAGACUCGCAGAUAGAAAAAUCCUGCAUGGUUCAGAUAUUUCUUCUGCCCAAGAGUUUGCUGACAUAGUAAAGAGGAGUACGAAAAUUGGUAUAUUUGUUAUUGACAAGGAUGUAAUUCAAGCUGCCAAAGAGGAAAUACCAAAACUACUUUGCAAAUUUAACAAGAUUGGACAAGCAUACCAAAUUGCCUGGAAUGUCGAUGGAGCCUAUGCUAAGUACGACACGAGGUCUUUAAGUUGCAAGUUCUGUACACCUGGAAGCGUGUGCACCCAUUUUUCUGUUGGUACAAGUUGCAUGAAGCUAUAUCACAAUGGUAUUGUCCACGAGAAAGUUAAGGAUUUGAUCACUGUAAAGUUCUUGGCUAAAAAAGGCAAAAACUUCAUCUGGCCUACGAAACAUGAUAUACAAAGUCUUCCUUGCAAAGAUAUUUUAUGCGUCCUUAAAAGUCCUCCUAAAAGCGUAUCAAAAUCUAGGCCAGACUUGUUUUUCAUUCCUGAUGAAGAAGAAAUAAAUGUGCUUUUUGAGACUCAAGUUUAA